AUGAUGCGCGCAGUGCUCUUCUUGGCUUCCUGCUCUGCUGUGCUGGCUUUCAUUCCUCCAUCGCAGCCGACCAACUCCAAGCCGCAGGCCCCUGUCUCCUACGCCGCGCCAGAGAAGACCAGCGAGGCCGCCAGUCCGUUCUCCUCCGUGAUCUUUGGUGCCAGCGUUGGCUACGCCGCUGCCGCUGUCGGAGCAGCUGCGCGCCAGGGCCGCGUGACCCGCUUUGCUGAAGAUGCUCCUGCCGUGGCGAGGACUCCUGUCGCUUACCCGAUCUUCACCUUCCGCUGGCUGGCCAUCCACGCUUUGGUGGUGCCCACCGUCUUCUUCCUCGGCGCGAUCAGCUCCAUGCAGUUCAUCCAGCGCUGA